AUCUGACGUCAUCUGUAGGCGACGGUGCACACGUGACGGUUUUGUUAUGGUUUCCUUUCCACCAACAGGGUCAUGAAAACCGAUCUGACGGUUCGCUGUCUCUGCCUUAUCUUUGCUCAAACACCAAAGCGAAAUGGAUCACAUCCUUCUGUUGUAUUUGAACGUUUUUCUGUUUUGGUCCUGCACUGCUUCUCCACCGAAUUUCAUCCUGAUUUUCGCGGAUGAUUUGGGUUUUGGGGACUUGGGGUGUUAUGGACAUCCAAGUUCGCUCACCCCGAACUUGAAUCGUCUUGCAGAGGGAGGACUCAGGUUUACAGAUUUUUACUGCACUAGUCCCGUCUGCAGCCCAUCCAGGUACACACCGAGUACACGUAUUUAUUCGUCCAGUUCCACUGUAUUUUGUUGCCUCGGUUUAUGAAAGGAAAACCAGGAUGUAGGCUAUUACUUUACCAUUAGGGGAGGGUGGGGUAAGUUGAGCCAAAAGGUAAAUUGAGCCACCCCCUGUUGCUUGGAAAUGGUCAGAGAAAUUGAUCACGUGACCAAGUAUUUAGGCGAUGGACAUCAAUUCAUGCAGUCUGUGAAGGUUAGAAGCACAUGGGUAAGGAGGUUAGACAUUUAUUUAAAAAAAAAAAAUGUUUUACUCUUGAAAGGCAAUUUAGCCUGCCUUUAGUCUGUCUGUUUUAUUGGAAUUGUGUUCAGACCAAAAAAGAUCAUUUUAAAUUUGUUUAACACAUCGAUUGUGGUAUCUAUGAGCUACAACAUGAGGUCAAAAACCUAGCAUAAAAGUCCACCAUUUGACCUGAACAUUGUAGUGUAUUACAGCACUGAAAAAAAGCAGUGCAUUGCAACAGCUGGGAGAGGAACUGAAACUGGUCAGUUUUUCAAGUGGCAUGACCAGAUAGAAGAUUUCAGUGCUUAAAAAACAUGAUGCAUUGACCACAGCACUCUGCAUUACAUUCCUCUAUUACAGUCAACCCCAGCACAGUUUUUGUUCAUUGUGUUAGGACUGCAGAUGCAUUCAUUCAUGUUGCUCCAUCAUUUAUUUAAAACAAAUUAUCUUGCAAACUCCCAAAACAUGAAUUCAUAAUGGUUUAGUUGGAUUGGUUUCUGAACCACAAUGCAUGUGAAGCCGUGAGUAGAACUGAAUUGAUUCAACAUCCUUGUUUUGUUGUGAUGGCUUCCAGGGCGUCAUUGCUGACUGGUCGUUACCAGACCCGAUCAGGUAUCUACCCAGGAGUUUUGUACCCGGGCUCCAGAGGCGGCCUCCCUCUGAAUGAGACCACCAUCGCUGAAGUGUUGAAACCUCUAGGCUAUGCCACUGCUGCUAUCGGGAAGUGGCACUUAGGAGUCGGUGCCAAUGGGACGUUUCUUCCAACUAGGCAGGGGUUCGAUGAGUACCUGGGGAUCCCCUACUCCCAUGACAUGGUCAGAACAAAGGAAAUAUUUUUCACAAUAGAUGAAAUUACAAAUGCGAUCAGUUUCAUUAUCCGUUACUCUUGCUUCCUUUUUUUCCAGGGCCCUUGCAAGAACUUGACUUGUUUCCCUCCUGAUGUCAAGUGCGUCGGUCUGUGUGAUGUUGGCACUGUAACAGUCCCUCUAAUGCACAAUGAGGUUAUCAUGCAGCAACCAGUCAACUUUCUAGAUCUGGAGAGGGCUUAUAGUGACUUUGCAACCCAAUUUAUUUCAAAAGCAGUCGAGAAAGAGACGCCUUUCUUUCUUUACUAUCCUUCACAUGUAAGUAACCAAUGCAUUCUGUCAUUGUUGACCAGCAACAGAAUUAAGCUGUUCUGGUCAGUGACCCUCAUAAAGGAAUAAAAUCUGGUUUCACUGCUGUGUUUUUUUUUUGUAACAUAAAAAAUUUUGAGCUCUGUUCAAUUCCAUGUACUUAGGCGGAAAACACUACUGUAAACUUACUUAGAUUUGUAGAACAGUAAAGCAGUUUUUCUCAUAACACCAUCUCAAUCUUCUUCCCUGCAGCACACUCACUACCCCCAGUAUGCAGGUCCAGAGGCAGCUGGGAAGACUUUGAGGGGCAAAUUUGGAGAUGCUCUUUUAGAGCUUGACAACACAAUUGGAAAAAUACUAACAACUCUGGAGAACACAGGAGUGAUAACCAACACACUUAUCUUCUUCACUGCAGACAAUGGGUCAGUUUUUUUAUGACAUAGUUUGCAUAUAUGAGUGGUCAGUUCACAUGCAGAAAUUUUAAUCUUCUCCCACAAAAGCUAAUACUCUUAUUUUCAUUUUCCUUUAUUAAAAGAUUAGGAUAUAAAUCUUUACCCAUUUCCCCAUGAUUGAAACAUUACAGCCAUUGUCUGUAUGCAGGCCUGAACUUAUGCGUAUGUCCCGGGGAGGUAACGCCGGCCCUUUGAGAUGUGGAAAAGGUACCACAUAUGAGGGGGGCAUGAGAGAACCUGCUAUUGCAUUCUGGCCAGGCAUCAUCAGGCCAGGUAAGGACAUCACUGUCAUCUGCACACAACAUUUAUAUGAGAUAAUGCUUCCAAAAGACAGGCUACCAUGUAAUUCAAAGGUUUCUCCUGUGUGUUGCUGUGUAGGUGUGACACAUGAAAUAGCCAGCACUUUGGAUAUUCUCCCCACAAUUGCAAGUCUGUCAGGAGCCAAACUACCACAGGUGAUGCUGGAUGGGGUAGAUAUGACAGACAUACUUUUCUCCCACGAAGGGGUAAGAGCCAUCAUUAAUAACUCUAUAACAGCUUCAAUAACAUGAAACAAAGCUGAUUGAUUCAUUUAUGUCUUUAUUUAUUUGGCAGGGUAAAAGGGAGACAAUGAUGUUCUACCCCACUGAUCCAAAUGAGAAAUAUGGCCUGUUUGCUCUCAGGUUAGGGAAGUACAAGGCCCACUUCUAUACCCGAGGUACAGUAGAGCUCUUGAACAUAUUCUUUUAAAAUGUCACGAUCAGUUACUGUUCAUGAUGGGCUGACGAUACAGAGGCUCUUGUACUUGAGUAAAUAUCUUCGUAACUGUGAACAAAGAAUUACUUGCAUCACAGUGCAACUACGAACUGUCACACAAAUAUCAGUGAAUCAGUGAUGAAGUGAAGACAAAUGCCCACAGAAGCACUAAAAAAAUAUGAGGGCAAAGCUUAUUUUUGUGGCAUACAGCACAUUAGUUCUCUGUUUCAGUUUCCUGAGAGCAUUUUGAAGUGGGCUGCUAUUGCUUUGACGAGUCAGCAGGUGUCGCUGUUUUUGCCAAGUCUGAGGCUCCAAAGCUUUAGGAGGUGUUAUGGACGUCGAAACACUAAGAUCUGACGCUAAUAAUUGAUUUCACUGCGUCUCUUUCUUCAUGCCUCAGGUGCUACCCACAGCAGCACCACCCCAGACCUAGCAUGCCCUGUAUUUGCAGUCCUCACAGCCCAUGACCCCCCUCUCGUUUUUGACUUGGAGGCUGACCCCUCGGAGAAUUACCCUCUCCGCCUGGAGGAAAGACCCGACCUCCAAGACUUGCUGGAAAGGAUCAAGAAGGUGAAGGAGCAGUUUGAGGCCUCCAUGGUGUUUGGAGAAAGCCAGUUGUUGAAAGGAGAAGACCCAGACCUGGAGCCCUGCUGCAAUCCUCAGUGUCACCCCAAACCAGUCUGCUGUGAGUGUAGCCCCAAAGCAGUCUAAUUUCAGUGCUGAUGGGGAAAACCCUUUCCACUGCUCAUAAUGACAGUGCAGAGAGGGUGGAGCUUUGCACUAAUUCUGUGACAAGAUUUUGUGACAGCUGUACUUUGAUUACUGUAAUGUUUCCUAAAUGAGGGGACCCUUUUUUUCUUACUGUUAACCACUGUGUACAGUCUUAAAUAAUGAUUAAUCUUUUUCUAUAUGUCCUCUUACAAGUACUGUGUGAAAACAUUUAAAAUUUGAUUGUUUUAAAUAUUUCAUUCUUAAUUUUGUGCCCAGCAGAAUUCAGUACACCCCCUAUUAAAAGUAAUGUAUUAUUCAAGAUCUAGAUGUGCAAAAGUACAAUUAUCAAAGUUUGGACAAGGUUGAGUUUAACAUAGCAUUUUAUUUACCAUAAGAUGAAAAUAAGGGUGAUAUGGUAACUAAAAUUAAGCUUUGCUCCCAGAACUUUGAUUGGGGUGUACUCAUUUUUGCAUCCUGAUUUUGAAUUGAAAUAAAUACUUUUAUGUAUGCAACUUAAACAAUCGUGUUUGCAAUCAAUGGCCUACAUUUGGGGGAGUAUUUUGUUGCAUAGUCUUGUUGUUGUAUAUAUCUUUUAAGAUUCUUUACAUUUUUCAAUCACUCAAACAGUCAAAAGUUGAUUUAAACAAUAAAGACACAGUAAAUCUUUUGGACAUCAAGCAUAUAUUUUAUUCAUAAGACCAAACCCAUGACAAGGCAGAGUGAUUUUUUUGUCUUUUUUUUUCAGUUUUUCCCUGGAAUUUUACAAGUUCUUGUUUUUAAAGAUACAAGAUAGGAUAUGUUUGUUUUGUCACAUACUGUUUUGCUCUAGGUAUAGAGUGAAGAAUCUUGUUAAUGUAAUAAAAGUUUGCUUUAACUGGUAAUGUAUGUCUCAGCUGCUAUAUGGGACUAGCUCAACCUCGGAGGUUGUUUUUGUGUAGCUGUGUGUAGAGAAGAAUUUUUAACUAGAAUAGAAAAACAAAAAUCAGAAGCAAAUACAUACAGAUCAGAAUAGGUCACGCUGUUGGAGCUCAGAGGCGAUUACUAUAAUCGGCAAGUCGUAAUAGUAGUUUUCAGCUGACUCGGUUUCUACUCAGCUCUAACACCAUAUUGGUCAGUUGUCAGGUGGGUGUGUCACACACAGAUGAUGUCACGGCUCACGAAUGUGCCCUAAAUGUGCUGCCCAAGCCUUUGUGUGGAGAGGUACGAUGUUAGCAGGAGCCCAGAUGUCACACAUGUGACAGGUAAUGAAAUAACAUCCUGUGCUGAAACAUAAGACACUUAAAUGAAAUUUUCAGAAGUAGAUCACAGAUAUUUACGUGUUUUCUUCUCUUUCAGGGGAUGUCUGGUAGUGAUCUUUUUUUAACAUUUCUUUUUAAUGUACAUAUUUCAUUUCAUUUCAUAACAUACUCAACAUAAAGGACACAGCACUAUCUUAGAUUUGCUAUUGUAUAUACAUGAUCUACCUGACAGUAAUACAUAUGUAAAUAACGCCCUGCAUCCCAACUGUUGUAGAGUCUUUCAAUGACACUGAAAUCCUGCAAAUCUGAGGUGUUUGUUCUGGUGGAUUGUGAGUGAAAGCAGCCAAAAACGAUGAUAAAAAGUGUCUGAAAGAGCAGUGUAAGUAGAUACUGUGACUGCACUGUUUUAAAUAAACCCCCUCCUGUGUAAGGUGCAAUAAUGUAAGUUAUUUUAUGCUCCAUGACUCCAAAGAAGGUUAAUAUGUAGUGGGAAUUGAACUUUUAACAUGACUGAAAGCAAGAAAUAAAAGAAGAAUAAUGUAGCCAUCUCCUUUUUUUUCUGUCGCAAUACAAAAGAAAAUCAAAGUCUAACCCAUUUACAUAACUACAAAAUCUCCCAUGUCAGGCUUUAUAAAAAGUUUGUGAUACCAGGACCAAGUAGGUGCAGGACUCUCUCAGUGACUACCUGUAAAUUCUUUUCAAACAUCUUAACUGCUGAGUCAAAAGAAAAGAUAGACAAUGAAAACCAGAGCUAAACAGUCAGAGGUGUGAGAAUAUGGCUUUUCAGAGGACCUUAUACGUUCUUGAACCUGAAAGUCACAUCGAUCGUAACAAAGCAUACAGAUAUCUAUGGUUUGCAUUUGUAACAGCUGAGUGAUUUUCUAUGGAAGCUCCCUGUGGUGACGGUCAGCAAGCGGUGUGAUUUUGAAGACUGGACAAAAGAGAAACAUUUCUGUCAGAUCAUCCAAAUGUGCUGACAGCUGCUGCACCUAAUCCAAGCUGAAUAAAAUACCUGCAGGGAAAAUGACAUUCAAAGGCCAUGCCAAGUGACUACAACCUCCCCACACCUGCAGUUUCUCCAACAAAACACAAUCCCCUUUACUAGUCUCGGCUGUGUGUUUGUUAAUUAGUUUGGAUGAGGCGCCUGUAUGUCUACUUUCUAUACAUGUAUUUACAACACACACUACGCAACACAGGGGUAAGCUCGGACCAAGGACGGUUCACUGUACUCUCUCUACUUUGCUCCAAUGUCACUAUCAGUAGAAAUCAAACAAGCAGUUUGUCAAUAUUGAACAAAUACAUAUUUACAGUAAAUGAAACGCUUGAUUCCUCACCAUUCCUUUACUGAUUGUUGAGCUGCUUGCCAUUCACUAGGAUAUGUGUAUUUCUUGGUGUUUCUGUGUGCAGUAACCCUACUAGCCAUGCAUUGAAAAGUGAAUCAGCAGUAGUAGGUAUAGUGUUUGUCAUUUCAAAAGAGGAACCCUUGAAAUACACAGGUGCUCAGCGUCAUAGUUUUCAUAUCAUAGAAAAAAGAUCAAAGAAACAGGCAAUCGAUCCAUCAAGAUGAUGGAAAUUAACAAAGAGAGAGAUGAAUGAAUGAAAUCAGUCAAAUGCCAAGCGUACUGGAGAAACGAAGAUCCCAGUUUAGAGGAGUAUUUUACAACGAGGGAGAAGAUCCCGCCGACGCUGCCCUCUAGUGGCAAACCCUAUGACCAUACACAAGCUCUGGAGGAGGGAAGGAGGUUGUCAUGACAACCCUUCUUAUUCCAGGUAGAUGUCCUCGGUGGGGCAGGCAUACUCCAGAUGUUCCUGGUAGUAUUCCUGGAAGGCUCGUC